AUGGACCCCGAGCUGCAAGCCCUCCGCGAGGCCCGUCUCGCCGAGCUCAAGAACCACGCCAACCCGGCCGCCGCCGCUGCUCCCGGCCGCCCGCAGAAAUCCGCCGCCGACGCCGACGCCGUCGCCGCCCUGCUCCAGCCCCAGGCCCUCGAGCGCCUGUCCCGCGUCGCCCUCGUGCGCCCGGAGCGCGCCCGCGCCGUCGAGGCCUACCUCCAGCAGCUGGCCGCCCGCGGCCAGCUCUCCCGCAAGGUCUCCGAGCCCGAGAUCGUCGACAUCCUCAACGGCGUGGCCCGCGACGAGCAGCGCCGCUCCACCACUCGCAUCAUCUUCGACCGCCGCGAUGCCCGCGACGCCUCCAUUGUCACUCCGAACGGAGCCGUCACAAGCGAUGACGACGACGAUUUCUUCGACUAG